UAUGCCACAGCCCACAGGCCACUGCUACGCAUACUGUAUAGAACAAUAUUAAAUGUUACCUUAUGGCUUAUUAAUUUAUUAUGUCUCAGCAUUCUGGCAUUCAGUAUUUCAGUUACAACUUUUAAGCUAAAAGUAUAUUACUUAGCAGUGACGUUUUAUUAGUUAUUAAUUUUAACUUACUAUAAUUGUUAGUUGUUCGUUCGUAUUCACUUAAACUGAAUAGCAGAGUACAAUUUUCCAUUAACGUCGUUUAAAUUUCUUUUAUUUUAAUUUGUACAGAUUUGUAUACGGUAUUUUUACUGCUAUUUUUUCGACAUUCGUCACUUCGUUUUAUGUAAAUUUUGACAAUACUGUGCAAAGAUAAUCUCUCCAUUGUCUCGUUGGCCCUGAUUAAUUUUGGUAAUUUAAUAAAAUGACAAAGUCUGCUAUGCGAGGUGCAUUAAUUGUUUUGGAAGGCUGUGAUAGAUCUGGAAAAACUACACAAUGUGCAAAAUUAGUUGAAGCUUUAAAUAAUAUGAAAAUACCAGCAAAAAAAAUAUCAUUCCCAGAUCGAUCUACUCCUAUUGGUUCAUUAAUCAAUGAUUAUUUAUCAAGGAAAAUAGAGUUACCAGAUCGAUCAGUACAUUUAUUAUUUACUGCUAAUCGUUGGGAACUAGAACCAGAAAUUCGUAAACAAAUCGAGUCUGGUGUAACAUUAAUUGUAGAUCGGUACUCGUAUUCUGGUGUAGUUUUUACAAGUGCCAAGCAAUGUGUGGAUUUCAAAUGGUGCUGUGGUCCAGAAAAUGGUUUACCCAAACCAGAUAUAGUUAUGUUUUUAAAAUUAUCAACUGGAGAGAUGGCUAAACGGUCUGGUUUUGGUGAUGAAAGAUAUGAAAAUAUUGAAUUCCAACAUAAAGUUGAUAUAAAUUAUGAUAAAUUUAAAAACGAUAAUUUUAUUCAAGUAGAUGCAGCUCAAGAUGUGUCAAUGUUAACAGACACUCUUUUAGAGCAAGUCUUAAAAACUAUUGACACUGUUAAGAACCAAGAAUUAGACGACUUAGUUUUGCAAUAAAAUAAAUGUUACCAAUGCUAUCACUUUUAAUAUAGUUAAUGUUUUAUAUUUUAAAUCAAUAUUUAUAAUAAUUCUUUUUCAAAAAUAAUCAUCAUUCCUCUAUAGUCUAUAUAUC